GUGACGGAACGGGAAGAGGCGGAGUCUGCAGCUCGAACACGGAAGAGAAGAAGACAGCGGGUCGUGACCGAGCUCCGGGGACUCAUGGGCUCCACAGCAGUCGCUCCGCGCGCUGAAAGAUGCUCAUCACGCUGUGCUACAUCUACCUGUGGCUGCGCUUCCAGAGACACUACACGGCCGUGAUCCGCACCGCGUUAUACCGCCUCAGCGGCGGCCAGAGCAGCUUCACGUUCUGCGCGCUGAAGCCCGAGAGAGUCGAUCUGCCCCGCGAGGACACGCUCUUCCUGAGGCUCGGAGACAGAGUCAUUUACAUCACCGAGCAGCAGGCGUGUGUUGACCUUAGUAAGUGGACACUGUUGGGCUCUUCGCUAAUUUGUGGUCGGCGGCUAGAAAGCAUCGCCUUCAUCAUAGAGGCCACAUCAAGACAGAAAGUUCCAGCGUCUCCAUACAGAACCAACGAGAAAGUGCUGAACUGGUCUGAUUACUGUCUGCCGUUGGCGCACAGUCCAGGACAGCCGUACCGGGCCGUCGCUGAAGCCAGCCUGGAGAAUUUCAGCCGCCUCGGUGUGGCUUUUAUGGAAGAACGUCUGCACAUGGGCAAUGGGCUCAUACCUGAAAAGAUAGUUUCCGUGUUACUCAGAGAGACGGCGCUCAGUGAGCUGUUCGAACAGCAGCAGGACGGCAGGAGGAUCGAGGCCGAGCGUCACAGCGAGCCGACGGAGCCACGAGACUCUCCACAGCCUCCCAGAAAGAGCAGCCUUCAUCUGGAGCAGCAGCACAUGGACGGACACCACCUGCACCUCUCCAGCUGCCACGAGUGUCUGGAGCUGGAGAACAGCACCAUCCUGUCUGUGAAGUGCGCCUCCGCGGAGAACAUCCCGGAUCUGCCAGACGACGAGGAGGAGAGCGGGAGGAGGAACGCCAGCGGGAAGCCACCUAACCUGCUGGUGUUCACAGGCGGCUGCGAAGAGCAGUUCCAGAAGAUCCGCUCGCUCCUGGAGGAGUGUGUGGACACGGAGCGCUACGCCAUCUACCACCUGCGGCCGCAGCAGGCCCUGAGCGAGCCCUGGCUGGAGAACACUCUGCUGCUGGUGCUGGCCACUGAUGAGACGCUCACGCCACAGCUGCAGCUGCGCUUCCUGUCCUACCUGAGCCACGGCGGGAAGCUCCUGGGCCUUUCGUCCUCGCUGUGUCCCGCCGGACUCACGCUGCGGCCCAGAGACGUGCAGAACGACUGCAUCUGCAGCCUGACCUUCAGCAGGUCGGACAGCACGGAGCUGCAGCUGAGCGUGUUGUCCAGCGGGAGUGUGUACGAGCGAGACGGAGCCGGUGGAGGAGAGGUGGAGCUCUGGGGCCAGAUCAGCGCGCGGGACGAGCCAGAGAUGGCCAUCGUGCGCGUGACUCACGGAGAGGACAGCGGAGAGGCCGUCCUGUGUCAGGUGCGUUUGGAGACGGCUCCGGAUGCUCAUGAUGCUCAAGGCUCCGCCGGCUUCUCAGAGCUGAAGAUGAGCAACGGCCGGCGCUACGAGGUUCUGACGGAGAUCCUGACGUCUCUGGGUCUGAGCUGUGAGCUGAGUCAGGUGCCUCCACACAGCCCCAUCUACCUGCUCAGCACAGACUCGGAGCAGACGGGCAGUUUUCUGCGCUGGCUACAGGAGCAGGCGGGUGGUUCGGGUGGAGUUCUGCGGAGCGCGGCUGGAGUGCUGAAGGUGGUGUGGGCUGGAGACGAGCCUCCGGAUCUGUGUGAGGGUGAGCGAGUGUUACACACCGAGCCGCCCCAGAGCUUCUCGGAGCACUUCAGCCUGCAGACGUACAGACAGCACCUGCAGACGCAGCGGCUCGGACGGACCGUCCUGUACGCAGACGUCACCUCCAGCACCAUGAGCAUGCUAGACGGGCUGAUGUCGCAGUCGCCACAGGAAACAGGGUUAAUCGCCAUAGCAGCACGUCAGACACAGGGCAAAGGCCGCGGGGGGAAUGCCUGGUUGAGUCCGCUGGGAUGCGCCUUGUUCACUCUCCACCUGCAGCUUCCUGUGGACUCACGGCUCGGACAGAGGAUCCCCUUCCUGCAGCACCUCGCCGCCCUCGCCGUGGUGGAGUCUGUGCGCACGCUGCCCGGAUACGAGGACGUGGACCUGCGGCUGAAGUGGCCCAAUGACAUCUACUACAGUAACCUGAUGAAGCUCGGCGGGGUUCUGGUCAACUCCACCGUCACGGGGCAAACCUUCAGCCUUCUGAUCGGCUGUGGGUUCAACGUGAGCAACAGCAACCCGACCGUCUGCAUCAACGACCUGGUGCUGCAGCAGAACCGGGAGCACGGCCUCGGCCUGGACGCGCUCGCUCCGGAUCAGCUGAUCGCACGGUCGGUCACGCUGCUGGAGCGCUUCGUGUCGGACUUCCAGCUGCGCGGCCCGCAGGCGCUGCUGCAGCUCUACUACAGCAGAUGGGUGCACAGCGGCACACGCGUGCGUCUCUGGAGCGAGGACGGGCCCGAGGCACAGGUGCUGGGUCUGGAUGAGAACGGCUUCCUGCAGGUGCAGACGGGAGAUCAGGUCGUGUCUGUGCAGCCCGACGGAAACUCCUUCGACAUGCUGAGGAACCUGGUGGUGACCAAAACACGCUGAAGACCUCCAGAACACGUCGUCUCAGCUGGCAACAACUACACGGAAAACUUGCUCAGCCAUCAUUUAAUACGAAUUCAUUUAGCAGAAAUGUCUAUCUCUUUCUGAAUAGUUUUAACUCAUUUCAGCGCCUGUCUGCAACCCGUUCUGCUUCAGCUGUGUGAGUCCAGCAGGAGAUUCGACAACACACAUGUGAACCUUGAGAAGUGUGUGUGGUGUUUGCUGUAGAAUAACAUGCACCAGUCAAUCUCUCAUGUUAGAUAAAUAGGCCAUUUUGAU